AUGAGUUCUCCGUCGGUUAAGAGUAUGGAGGAGGGUCGGGUUGAGACGACUCUGUCAGAUUCCUAUGAAUAUGGAGACUCCAAGGUUGUGGAAGACAGCAUGUCUGCCAAUAUGGUCACAAAGCGUGGUUUGUCAUCGCGACAACUGCAACUGAUUGCCAUUGGAGGCUGUGUUGGCACGGGUCUUUUCGUGGGUUCCGGCUCGACUCUGUCUUUGGUUGGUCCUGCGCCGUUGUUUAUGAGCUAUAUCUGUAUGUCAUCGAUUGUCUGGUUCGUGAUGAACGUUUUAGGCGAAAUGACCACCUACUUGCCUAUCCGCGGGGUUUCGGUUCCUUAUUUGAUCGGCCGCUUCACUGAGCCCACGAUCGGUUUUGCUGCUGGAUAUAAUUACUGGUAUUCCUUCUCGAUGCUGUUAGCCACUGAAGUCACCGCUGCCGGUUUGAUCAUUGAAUACUGGACUACGUCUGUCAACGUCGGAGUGUGGAUCACGAUUGUGCUUCUUGUGAUUUUGGCCCUCAAUAUCUUCGCGGUGUCAUGGUAUGGAGAAGCAGAGUUCUGGUUUGCUACCCUAAAAAUUCUCGCCAUUAUUGGCCUGAUUAUCCUGGGUGUUGUGCUGUUCUUUGGUGGAGGUCCCAACCAUGACCGUUUAGGAUUUCGCUACUGGAACGAGCCAGGUGCCUUCAAACCCUACCUGGUUGGCGGAAACACUGGCAAGUUUCUGGGCUUCUGGACCGCUUUCAUUAAAUCUGGAUUCUCCUUCAUUUUCUCCCCGGAGCUGAUCACAACUGCGGCCGGUGAAGUCGAAGCCCCUCGUCGGAAUAUUCCCAAGGCCACAAAGAGGUUCAUCUAUCGUGUCUUCGCCUUCUAUAUUCUGGGAAGCUUGGUCAUCGGUGUUACUGUGGCUUACAACGAUCCCGAUCUUCUCUCUGGAGUUGCAAGCGGAAGCUCUGGGGCUGGCGCCAGUCCAUUUGUCAUUGCUAUUCAGAACGCAGGUAUCGGGGGACUGAACCAUGUCGUGAAUGCCGCUAUUCUAAUCUCCGCCUGGUCGUCCGGUAAUGCUUGGUGUUACGCUGGUUCCAGGACUCUGUACUCUCUUGCUGGAGAGGACCAGGCUCCUAAAAUCUUCCUGCGCUGUAACCGCAAUGGUGUCCCCUAUGUAGCUGUUCUCGUCACAUGGGUGGUUGGAAUGCUCGCCUUUCUGAACCUCUCCAGCUCCGGAGCCCAAGUUUUCUACUGGUUCACCAACAUUACCACUGUGGGGGGCUUUAUCAACUGGAUCCUCAUCGCAAUCACCUAUAUUCGAUUCCGAAAGGCGAUUGAAUUUCACGGCAUGCUAGACGUGCUCCCCUUUAAAACGCCUCUGCAGCCAUGGGGUUCUUACUAUGUAAUCUUCCUUGUCACCCUCUUGACCAUCACCAACGGAUAUGCUGUCUUCUUCCCUGGCCGGUUCAGCGCCUCGGACUUCCUGGUCUCUUACAUCGGCAUUGCGAUUUUCGUUGUUCUCUACGUCGGGCAUAAGAUCUGGUAUCGAACCCCGUGGAUGAUAAAAGUGUCGGAGAUCGACAUCUUCUCGAACAAGGAGGAAAUUGACCGACUUUGCGAGAAUGACCUGGAGCGUGAGCCCCGGAACUGGCUGGAGCGGGUUUGGUGGUGGGUUGCGUAGAGUCAAAUGUGUAUAUAGAUCGAUAUGAAUACCACUAUUUGCUGUUUUCUAAGGCCCCGGGCAUUGUUUUCUAUUCUAUCCAUUAAGUCGCCAUUGGAGAAGUAAGCCAUUUGCACUGAAAUAGUCAAUUGGGGAUCCGGCCCGGUUGCUGUUGUCCCACCCGGCAGAGACCCGGAAUCUUGACGACACUAAAAAUGCAGAUGGAGAUGGCACUGGGACACCUCCCCUAAUUAUACGAAUCAUUCUGUCAAGAGAUCACGAUUGUGGAUAUGAAAACACUCCUAUCUCCAUAGCUUUAUUCGAUUGUUUUGCCUCCGUCGAUAACCGUGUCGUUAAAUCACGGGAGCUUCCCCGCAUACACCUUGCAUAC